AUGGCUAGAGGUAACCAGAGAGAAUUGGCUAGACAAAAGAAUUUGAAAAAACAACAAGAAAAUGUAAAAAAUCAGAAAAAAGCUGGUGAUCCUAAGAAAAGAAUGGAAAGUGACGCUGAUAUUUUAAGAGCCAAGCAGGCUGCUGCUGAUGCUAGAAAAGCAAAAGAAGAGUUGGAAAAGAUGAAAAAUAAGAAACGUUAA